UCACAUUAUUCAGUGCCGUGUCCGUGUCGUGUCAUUUUUAUGCAGAGGGAAUUUUUAGGACUGUUGCUGUUUAAGGACUCUGUAUUUUACGAGGUUUGGGAAUUACAUUAACUUUAUUUUAUGAUUUAUCAGAACUGUUAAUUCAUUAUACUUUACACAUUCGAUGUUAAAUAAAUUGGAGGAUUUUAUUGAGUAGGAAAGGCGUUAAAAUGAGUGAUGAUGCCUACGGACCAACCGCUCAAACACUCACUUUCCUGGACCCUGAUGAAGGAGAUUUGAUAGGGGCAGAUACUCAAGGUUCAGAAUACGACUUUACGGACUUUACACUACCUUCGCAAACUCAAACCCAACAGAGCCAGGCUUCCCAGUUGGAUACCGCCAGCCAAAGUCAGGCUGACCAACCAGAAAAGCCCUUGCUACAAAAUGGAUUUGUAGAGAACGGUGUCACUGUUGUAAGUCAAGGAGUAAAAGAGUUGACAUUUGAGGAUGAGGAGGAUGAAGCAUUCUUUUCCAAGGAGCUGCCAACACAUGCAUGCUGCUAUUGUGGUAUACAUGACCCUGCUUCUGUGGUUAUGUGUAAUAAGACCAAGAAGUGGUUCUGUAACGGAAGAGGCAACACAUCUGGAAGUCAUAUUGUGAACCAUCUGGUACGUGCCAAAUGUAAGGAAGUGACCCUGCAUCGUGACAGUCCUCUGGGGGAGACUGUUCUGGAGUGUUACAACUGUGGCUGCCGCAAUGUAUUCCUUCUGGGCUUUAUACCAGCUAAGGCAGAUUCUGUUGUUGUGUUGCUCUGCCGUAAUCCAUGUGCAACCCAGAGUAAUCUAAAGGAUAUGAACUGGGAUCCUUCCCAGUGGCAGCCAUUGAUCCAAGACCGCUGCUUUUUGGCCUGGCUUGUGAAGAUCCCAUCUGAUGAUGAGCAGCUACGGGCUAGGCAAGUAUCUGCUCAGCAGAUCAAUCGUCUGGAGGAGCUGUGGAAAGACAGUCCUGAAGCUGUGCUGGAGGACCUGGAGAAGCCUGGUGUAGAUGAAGAGCCAGCUGCUGUUAUGCUCAGGUACGAAGAUGCGUACAUGUAUCAGAAUGUGUUUGGCCCUCUGGUGAAAAUGGAAGCAGACUAUGACAAGAAGCUGAAAGAAGCCCAAACCCAAGAGAACAUUGUGGUUCGUUGGGACAUCGGCCUCAACAAGAAACGUCAAGCAUACUUCAAUUUUAGUAAAAUAGAGGAUGUGAAGCUGAUGCAUGGAGAUGAACUUAGACUGCGUUAUGUUGGAGACAAAAGGGACCAGUGGUCUGGUGUUGGCCAUGUCAUCUCCAUUCCUGAUAAUUUCAAUGAGGAAGUUGGGAUAGAGUUGAAGAGCAAUGCUGGUUCUCCACAUGACAUCACCAGUCCAUAUGUGGUUGACUUUGUCUGGAAGUCCACUUCCUUUGACAGGAUGCAAAAUGCCUUGAAGAUGUUGGCUAUGGACGAGACAGCUGUGUCCAGUUACCUGUAUCAUCGCUUGCUGGGACAUGAGGUCGAGGAGAUGACAUUCAAAGUGAAUCUUCCGAAGAGGUUCUCAGCCCCUGGACUGCCAGAACUUAACCACUCCCAGGUGUAUGCAGUAAAGACUGUGCUGGCUAGACCACUUAGUCUUAUCCAGGGACCGCCUGGAACUGGCAAGACUGUGACUACGGCUACCAUAGUCUACCACUUGGCUCGUCAAGCUCAAGGUCAAGUGUUGGUGUGUGCACCAAGUAACAUUGCUGUGGACCAACUUACAGAGAAGAUUCACAAGACGGGGUUGAAGGUCGUGCGUCUUUGUGCCAAGAGUAGGGAAGCAAUUGACUCUCCUGUUGCUUUCCUGGCGUUACAUAAUCAGAUUCGCAAAAUGGCAGCUAUACCAGAACUUGCUAAACUCCAGUUGCUGAAAGAUGAGACAGGGGAGCUGUCAAGUCAGGAUGAGAAGCGUUAUAGGACACUCAAACGCAACUGUGAGAGGGAACUUCUCCAGAAUGCUGAUGUGAUCUGCUGUACGGCUGUUGGUGCCGGUGAUCCUCGUCUAGGACGGAUGCGAUUCAGGACUGUGUUGAUUGACGAGAGCACCCAGGCUACUGAGCCCGAGUGCAUUAUUCCAGCUGUUUUAGGCUGUAGACAGCUUAUUCUUGUGGGCGAUCACUGCCAGCUUGGCCCAGUCGUGAUGUGCAAGAAAGCUUCAAAUGCUGGCCUCUCCCAAUCUCUCUUUGAACGCCUGGUAGUUUUGGGAAUUCGACCAAUCAGAUUGCAAGUUCAGUACCGUAUGCACCCAGAACUCAGCAAGUUCCCUUCCAAUAUCUUCUAUGAGGGUUCUCUGCAGAAUGGAGUUACAGCAAGUGAGAGAGUGACUAGAGGUAUUGAAUUCCCAUGGCCUCAGCCUGACAAGCCAAUGUUUUUUCAAGCCACCACUGGCCAGGAGGAAAUUUCCAGCUCUGGAACUUCAUACUUGAACAGGACUGAAGCUUCAAAUGUAGAAAAGAUCACAACCAGAUUCCUCCGUGCUGGUGUAAAGCCAGAGCAGAUUGGUAUUGUUACACCGUAUGAGGGUCAGCGGGCCUACGUCACCACGUUCAUGCAAUACAGUGGCCCACUGAACAGCAAGCUGUACCAAGAGAUUGAGGUGGCAAGCGUGGAUGCUUUCCAAGGCCGAGAGAAGGAUUUUAUCAUCCUGUCUUGCGUACGUUCCAACGAACACCAAGGCAUCGGGUUCUUGAAUGACCCUAGACGUUUGAAUGUGGCGUUGACACGUGGAAAGUAUGGAGUGAUCAUCGUUGGUAACCCUAAGGUGUUGUCUCGUCAUCCUCUGUGGAACCAUUUGCUGAACCACUACAAGGACCAGAAGGUUCUGGUUGAAGGUCCGCUUAACAACCUUAAGGAGAGCCACAUGCAGUUCAGCAAGCCUAGAAAGCUGGUGAAUCCUGCCAAUCCAGGUGGCCGAUUUAUGAGUACAGCCAUGUUUGAUGCCAGAGAGGCUCUAAUCCCUGGCAGUAUUUAUGAUCGUUCUGGAGGGCUAAAUGGCCCAAGAAUGCAUAACAACUUCCAUGAUCGUAUGGGAUUUAUCGGUACGGAGACCGCCAAGGCUGCUAAUAUGAAUCUACCAAUACCAGUUGGGAUGUUCAUGCACCAUCCUCCUGCGCACUAUUACAAUAAUCCUCCCCCUGCUCACGGCCUAACAAGGGGAAAGAAUGGGCAACCCCGACGCAAGGCCAGGAACCAGCAGAACCAGGCCAGUCAGGGAAAUUCUCAGACAGGGCAGAGUGGGGCUUCGCAGUUCAGCUUUUCUAUCCAAAGCCAAGCAAGUCAGGACCACUCUCAGACCUUCUCGCAAGGUCCUCUGACCCAAGGUAAUAUGUCAAUGAGUCAGCCUUUGAGCCAGCCUGGCCUGUCGCAGCCAGGAUUCUCGCAACCUGGCCUGUCGCAGCCAGGCCUCUCUCAACCAGAGUUAUCUCAGGAUAGUUAUCUGGGAGAGGAGUUCAAGUCCCAGAUAGAUGCGGCACUCUCUCAGGACUCCACAUAUCAAGGGGACCGCAAUUAUGGACCAGGCAUCACCAACUAUUCACCAUUCUAGCGAUGCUGGUCUUGCCAGGCAGGCUACUAAUGCCCAAAUGCCGGCUGAAUGACUCAACUAAGGAACCCGAAACACAGACGAUGAAGCAGAAGAAGAAGAUUGUCAACCAACGAUGACAUAGAUGAUGACAACAAAGAGAAGAAGAAGUGUUAUGUACUUGCACGUAAUUGUGUUGCUUAAAAAAAAGAACAAAGCAAAGCGAGUGCAAUGCUUAAGAAAACACUUGGUUAUAAGUAUAACAGAGUUAAAACCAGAUGUCUAAACGAGAGACUACUCUCUGAAGACGGAUUAAAAAAAACCUCGAAAAGGGAUGUAGCUUUUAAUAACAUACAGUCUUGAAAGACUCGUAUAACUACCAUAAUUAUUAAUUAUAAAGACAUGAUGAUCCUUAAAAGGGUGAAAUAAGAAUCGUAGGCUGUUUUGCACCACUACUUGAAUCAAGUUGGUUCAUAAGAAGUUGACUCUUGUGUCUGUUCUCAAUCUUGAUGUCAUAACCCCUGAUGAUAUAAGAGAGAACUAUUUUCUCUGUCCAUCUAUAUCAAGGAAGGAUGUACUGAAUGUAUGUUCAUUUUUCUUAUGAUUCCUUAUGGAAUCAUAACUUAAUAUCCUUGUUAUCCCCAAGUAUUCAGAAUAAAGAUCGAAAGGCAAGAAGCCAUAUGUAGUAAAAUCUGAGAUUCGGGAUACAUUUGUACCAGCUCUCUUUGCACACUUCAUUGCCAACUUAUGAUGUAGCCAGUAGCUGGGCAAAUUUAUUCCGAUGACAACUGAAAAACUCUUUAUUGUAACCCUGUUUUAUUAGUAUCCUCUUAUAUUACAGUUUUAUUGUUAGUUUUGUUCCAUAUAUUGAUUGUAUUAACAACAUUGAUUAGGUUUUAAGACCAUUAUUAGUUUUGCCACAAAUUAGAUGAAAUUUAACUUUCUAUUAAAAAUCCAGUGACUGAUUGGUGGUGCUUUACAAUUGUCACAAAUGCCAAUCCUUACAUUUUAAACAAAAAUCAGUUUUAUUAAACUUUAUUUCCAAAGAAGGGGGUAGCUCUUCCAUCUUUGUUAAUUAGAAAUGAAUGAAGUAUAUCACAAAUAAGCUUGAUGGCUUUAAUUUUGCUGUCCAAUUAAAUGUGUAUUGAUGGAUGUUACAUUGCCUGUCAUCGAUUAGUGCUAUUGUUGUACUGCACUAUGUAUGCUCUGCAUUCAUGGCUUAAGCAAGAUAAUAGCGAUUGACAUUAAUGUAGUCUCACAGUAAAUUACCACACAGUAACUUGGAACUGUCAGUCAUUAAUGAUACCAAUAUAAUUAAUAAUUAUAACUAUUAUAAUAUUAAUUACAGUAAAUGGUAAUACAGUAUACAUUGUUUCUUCAAUUUAUAAGUCUUUCAAAGAUUCUUAAUAAUACAACACAAUGAAAUUAAAAAACACCUAUUUAUUUUGGUGAUAUUGUUGACCUAUAAAUACAGAGAAGAAAGCUUAGUAGGAGCAAACGUCUGGUAAAGUUGAUACACUAACGAAGCUAGUACAGCUCUCAAGAAUCCUGUAUCUUACAAGCACAUUGUGGUAAAAUCUGAAGUUGUAUGCCGUUGUUGUCAGUUGCGUUGUAAAGCAGUUUUUGUUUGAAUAUUGUGCGAUAAUCAGUCUUUGCAUGUUUGUUUUGUACUCCUGUCACCAUCCCAAAUUCAGCAUCAGUUAAAUCAACUCACAGUGUUAGUUCUGAUUGGUAUGCAUGAGUCUGUUGUAUGCCCCUUAGAUUUGGCUUAAAUUAAAUGUUACUUUCUUUCAAUAUAUAUAUAUAUAUUAUUCCCAUACCAGUACCAGAAAAUAUAAUUACAUAAUUAUACAGCUGUAGAUCUGUUAUGCAAAACAGAUUCAAUUGAAAAAAACUUUUGAUUACUUAAAAAUCCUUAUUGAGUAUUGCAUUUUCAAAUAUGUAUUUCUUAUACUGUAAAGUUAUCGGCCUAAAUGUUUAAUGAUGUUUAGAGGAUGUUUAAGAAGGUUGUUAAAAUGUUUGUCUAAUGCAAUCAUUUUAUUUUUGAUUAUAUUAAAGUACUGUUGUCUGGUCAAUUAAUUUGAGAUUAUUAAAAUAAAACAGCUCUUAAUUAGCACUAUAAAGUUGUUAUGAAGUUAAAACCAAACUUUCUCUUAAUUGUUAAUUUUUAUAUAAUUUUGUGAAGGGCAGAACCAGGAAGGAUUAAUUUAAGCAGCAUUUUAAUAAUACAUCCGAAAUGUGUCAGGUUACAUUUACUGUCAAAUUGACUUAUUAUUUACUGCCUCAAAUUUGCUUUGCUUUGGCAAAUAAAGAACAUUUUAGCAGGUA